CUUCUCAAAGUUAAUUUUUUUUCUGUUAUUUUAUCUGAUUCGUGUAAUUUUAGUUGAUUUUUUAAAUUAAGAUUGUGUAUAAAAAUCUGUACUUUUGUGAAUGUAACCCGAAAACGGCCUUAUAAUGAGUGCCGGGGAAGUUUCUGUGGAGUGUCGUAUUCAAAAUAUAGAUGAACCUCAAGGCAAUGGGUCUAAUGAUGCUGUAGCUGAGGCAAAACCACCAGCAAAAAAAUCUGCAAAGGAUUUUCGUUUUGGAAAACUUAUAGGAGAAGGAUCUUUUUCUAUGGUAUAUUUAGCAAAGGACAUUCAUACUAAUAGAGAAUAUGCAAUUAAAGUGUGUGAAAAGCGACAUAUUUUGCGUGAAAAGAAGCAAAAGGCUGUUAUGCGAGAGAAGCUAAUAAUGAAUCGUUUAAAUGAACAUCCUAGCCCAUUCUUUAUUAAAUUGUAUUGCACAUUUCAAGAUAAUGAUAGAUUAUAUUUUGUAAUGAAUUAUGCAAGUCAUGGUGAGCUUCUGCCUUAUAUAGUCAAGGUUGGAUCCUUUGAUGAAGAAUGUACUAGGUUUUAUACUGCUGAAAUAUUAUUGGCAAUUGAACACCUGCAUAGGUUAAAUAUCAUACACAGGGAUUUAAAGCCUGAAAACAUAUUGUUAGAUGAAAAUAUGCACAUUCAAAUUACAGACUUUGGUUCAGCCAAAUUCAUAAAUGAAGAAAACAAUGACACAUCAAAUAGUGAGACUAGCAGAAAGAGUUCAUUUGUAGGCACAGCACAGUAUGUUUCACCAGAGAUGUUGAGUGAUAAAAGCUCAUCACCCAGUGUUGACUUAUGGGCUUUAGGAUGUAUAAUUUAUCAAAUGAUCUCUGGUCUUCCACCUUUCCGAGCUCCCAAUGAAUACUUGAUAUUCCAGAAAAUUACUAAACUAGAAUAUGAAUUUCCUGAUGGAUUUUCAGUUGCAGCAAAAGAUCUUGUCCAAAAAUUAUUGGUUUUAGAACCUUCUCAACGUUUAGGUUCACAAGAUACCAAUGGAUACCCAUCCAUUAGAAAUCAUCCAUUUCUAAAAAAUAUGCCAUGGGAACUCUUACAUGAGUGUACACCACCCAGAAUUCUUCCAUACCUGCCUGGUACAUCUAGCAAUGAAGAACUAAGAAGUCAGUAUCAAGUACCAGACCAUUUGGAGCCUGGCUUAGAUGACAAACAAAUGACCAGGUUACUUGGCCUGGCUCUUCAGGAGGAGGAUCAGGAAGAAGAGAUCAUCUCAAAACCCGCUAGAAAGUCCUCAAUACUAGAUAUACCGCCUGAAGAAAUGACGCAGAAAUUGGAAGAGCAAGCUAAAAACAACCCUUGGCACAAAUUUGUACAAGGCAAUCUUAUCUUAAAACAAGGCUUAGUUGAUAAGAGGAAGGGUUUAUUUGCUAGAAGAAGGAUGUUGCUUCUUACUACUGGACCACAUUUAUAUUACGUAGAUCCUCAAAAUUUAGUUCUUAAAGGAGAAAUUCCGUGGUCACCAGAACUCCGAGCUGAACCAAAGAACUUUAAAAUAUUUUUUGUUCAUACUCCUAAUCGCACCUACUAUCUGGAGGAUCCUGAAGGCUUUUCCUUGAAAUGGUGUAGAGCCAUAGAAGAAGUUCGUAAAGCAACCUAUGCACAGAGCUCUUAACCAUAGUUUUUACCUAGCAAUAAUUUUUGAAUUUCCAGGGACCCACGGACCUUUUUCUACACACUGCUAAAAAGAUGAUAUGACUUCUUUCUUAACUUUAUUUCCGAGAGCUGGUGCUCCAACUGUGAGUUACAAUAAUGUCUGUACAUUGAUUUAUUUUCAUGAUAUUUUGCUUUCUUUUCUUUUUUUUUUUCAUUUAUUUAUUUUAGCAGGUACUAUAUACCUUUUAAUUUCCUUGUCGAUUGUUUUACAUUUGAGAUGUUGAGUAACAUUGUACUUUAUAUACUCUUUAAUAUAUCACAACGAAUUUUGUGAUCAUUAUGUAUUUUGAAGAGGUUGUAAUUACACUGGCAUGCUAACAAGCUUGCAACUGGUCGAAAUUUAAAGUAACGUGCGUGUACUGUUACCAUAAAUUUAAAAUUAAUUUACUCGUAAAAAUUUGUUUGCAACAAUCGAGGUACAUUACAACAAGUGAAUGUCCAGUUUAUUAUUCUCAGUUUGCAUUGUUUGUAGGUGUUUGAAGCAUUAAGUCUUUCAGUUUCUAGUUAAGUUGAAAUAAUACUUCAAUGUGAAUAUACAUUCAUGACAUCUGUUUUAAUUGUGUUGUAUUAGUGUGUAAUAAGUUAUUAGUUAUUCUACAGAAUUUUGUUUUUACUUUCAUAGCUUAUUGGUGAUAUCCAUUUAUUGUUUAAUUAUUGGUCUGAGUUUCGAGUUGAGAGCAGUAGUAUGUUUCUAACAUAUUGUAUCAAUGACAAAUACCAAAAAAAAUAGUGUCUUUUAUGCAUCUAGUUUCAUUCAGUCGAUUUUCAUGACAAAUAUCUUUCCAAAUGCUGAUUGAGUGACAAUAAACCGGAAUUUGUCUAACUGCACAAAAAUGUUCUCUUUAUUUCUUAUUUAAAGAAUUUUUAAUUUUGUGAAUUGUUAUUAAAGAGGACAAAGGAUCUUAAUAUUCAAAAUGCAGAAUUCUCAAUAUUUAAAUAUGCCUUAACUAUAUAAAACUUAUGUUGAUAACUAUUAUUAUUGUUUGAAAACUAGAAAUUAUGUUCUAAUUCUAAAGAUAUAUUUUUCUUUUAUGUUUAAGUCUAUACUAAUAAAUGUAAUAUGAAGUGAUUUAAAGUUUCAAAUCUGUUGUUAUUAAUAACAUUGGAAAGUCAUGGAAAGUUUUUUGUGAAAAAAGAUAUUGAUCUAAUUAUUAAAUUAUUAGUAAGAAUCGAAUGUCAUAAAAAUUAAUUUAAUAAUGUAAUCAUUUGCUUGGACUGAAGAGCAUUAACAUAUGUCACUAUAAUUUAUACAAAAAAUGUUAGCAGUUUUUGGUUCAUAAAAUGUUUAAAUAUUUUGAACAUCAAUUAAUUUAUUUUAAUAUUGUGGUGUAUUAAAUGUGUACUAAGAAAAAUAUCUUGACUUUUAUUAUCAUUCUCUUUGCAGAAAAUAUUUUCUGCCUUGUUAAAUUGCAAAUGAUGUUGCAUUGAUUGUGGAAGCCUUAGAUUUUCCUAAUAAUAAUAAUAAUGUUCCAUCCUAAUGAAAUGGGAAAUAAUUGCCUUAAAAUGUUUAUAAUAGGUGUGUUGUAUUUCAAAAUUAUUAACUGGUUCAUAAGCGAUCAACAUUUUUAAUUUUUCAAAAAUUAAAUUAAUAUUUUUCUAAGCAGUGACAUUUACAUAAUGUCUUUUUUGCAACUUUCUAGCAUUGUGCCUUCAUUUUUUUUUUUUAAUUUGAAAUAUUGAAUACUCAAGAAUUCUGUUUAAAUGUGAUAAACUUUAACCAAAUGCUCUCAGCUCUGAUUUUGGUCUUUUAUGAAUGCUAAUGCUAAAUGUAUUCUGUGUUUACCAAAUAAUCUAUCUUUUGAUUUGGUAUGAUGGUUUAGCAUGAAAUAGUAUUGUAUUGUAUAAUUUAUAGAAUUGGGUAGAUUUAAUUAGUUAUGCAGAGUGUGUGAAAAUUGUCUUCAUAGUUAUCAUGUUUAUUUGGGUUUUAAGGAGCAAUUUUUUUUUUAUAUUAUGUAAUAAUUUUUAUUACAUAAAUUAGUUUUAAUUAUUCUUGUAAUUCCUGAUAAUCUUAGAAGAAUAGUUUUAACUAUGUAGUUUUGUGACGAAUAAAGAAUGGUGAGGAGAGGGGCUCUAUUGAAAUCGGUCGCUGUUACAUUUACAAAAUCUGAUGAAUACUAAAAUUGUUUUUCCACUUUGUAAAUCUCAUGGUGGCAGACCCCACAUAAAUGUGCAACAUAUAACCCAUAAUUUUAAAAGCCCUACUCUAAAUGAUACACUAUGAAAAAAAUAUUCAUAAAAGCAACAACUGUUGAAUUUUUUCUAAAUUAAUUCUUUAAGAUCUAAAAAAAUCAGUCAUUGAUUUUUUUUAGAGGAUUUUGUUUUGAAUAACUUUUAUAUAGUUUUCAGAAUUUCAUUACUCUUUCAAAACAUAAAACUUAUUCAUAAAUUGCAUUACUGUUAUUAUUAUUAUUCAAGGCUACAAAAGAAUGCUGUUAUUUUUUAAUUGCAAAUAUUUUAUCAAAAAGUAUCUGGUGAUGGUAGCAAACUAAUGCAUUUAGUAUUCCCAUGCAGUGCACCAUAUGAUUGAUGUCCCUUUCUUAAUAAACUUAUCCAUUUAGUUUCACAAAAGAAAAAUGUAUGUUUUCAUAUAUUUAUUAUAAAUCUUUACUGUGAGGCAUCCUUGUUUAAGUACAAUUUUAUUUAAGCUUUUAUUAAGCUUGACAUUUAUAAAUAGCACAAUAACUUAGUGCACAUAAUAAAAGGCAUAGGAAUUUGAUCACUUAUACUUGAUUGCAUAUUAAUAUUAUUUUAAUGUUUCAUAAUUUAUAAAAUGUACAUGUUUUACAAAUUUAUUUCUUUAGUUUCUUUGUCUAAUGGCAUAUUUUUAAUUGACCAGCCUAUGGUCUUUUUCAAUUUAGAGAACCAGUCUGCCUAAUCAGAUAUCCGUCACUGUCUGUCUGCCUUUGUUGCCUAUUAAGAAAGAGUAUCAUACCUAUCAUAAGGAGUAUCUGUUUUUAAUCAGAGAAUUGUAAAUUUGAGUAUAUUUAGUCUGCUUGUACAUAGGCACAUGCUUAUAAGUUAUAUGACCUUGAAUCAGAAAUUUUAAUAUUGAUAUCAUAUCCUAUUUCAUACACUAUCUUCUUCCUGGUCAUGAUUAAAAAUUGUAAGCUUCCCCACCCACUCACCCCUCCCCUCUUUUUAACAUUCAUUUUUUGCAGCUUCAAAAAAAUGAAUGUUAUAAGAAAAUAAAUUAUUCCAUAUCUAAAAUAUGUGCUGAGGAAUAUGCUGCAGUGUCACAAUAUGGAUAUCAGUCAGAAUAGGUCUCUGACAAUUUGUAAAGAUACUAUAUCUAGUCCCUCCACCCACCCACUUUUAACAUAUAUAAACACAAAUCAUAUUUAUUUUAAUAAAAGCCUGAGAAGGCAUUCAAAAUUUAUCAGGGAAGGGGUUUGUUUGUUUAUGAAGAGGUUUGUUCAUCUUUAAAAAAAUUUCAAAACACAUCAAUUAUUCUGCAAAAUUUCUGUUAUGAAUUUAACUUUCACGCAUUCUGUAUAUACUAUAAUUAUUUUCUUAUACCUAACAAAUUUGUUUGUGAUUUACAUCAGAACUAAAUUUUCUAUCAUAUUAUUAUAAGAUUAUGUACUUUUUUUUUAAUCUCUUAAGUAAUUACAAAUGCAUAAUCCAUGUAUUUUAUAAAUGUAUUAAAAAUUUGAUUUUUUUAAAAAAUUAUUAUAGUUUGCAUUUUAGUAAAUAUUGUGUCUAAUGUAACUCUAAUAUUUAGCACUAUAUGAUAUGAAAUUGUUUGAUGCUGUUUAUUAAUUUUACCUUUUGAUGUAUUUCAACUUACUUGUCUAAACUACAUAUCACUAAACUAAUAUUCAAAAUGCCAAUUUUCUAAAAUUAUUCCAUGGCACUCAUUAUUGUUUCUGUGGAAAUUUUAGGAAUAAAUUCUAAUGUUUGUGUAUCUUUCUGGUUGUAACUAUAUUACUACUUAAUUCAGAGAGUGUUAAAAAUUUAUGACCUGUGUAUUUUUUCCCAAAAUUGUGAUUAUAUUUUAUGCUUUCCAACAAUUAUUUAUUUGAAGUGUAUGAAACUUGUCUUAACUUUGAUCUAUUUAUAUGAAUGACCGUCUGAUUUGUAGUUUUAUUGUAUAAGUCUAUUUUUAGCAUUAAAUAUUAUCUUGAUGUCUGAUAUAUAAGUUUUUUGAUCCUUUGAAAUGCAAUAAUGCCGUUCUUCCUUGAAGUGUUUAAGAAUGUCUUUUCCAAUAAAAACUAUGCAUUUCUUGUAAUGGUAUUGUAAGUAUAGUAAAAAAAUAGAUCA